UUUGUAAUAUUGUUCUACGUGUGUCUAGCGUUUACUGGACCUCCUCAUCGACCUGAAUAACAGCAGGCACCCUAAAGCAUCGAUUUCAUUCCUUCUUCGUCCCGCAUUCAUUUUCUCCUUUCACAAAACUCUAUUUCAGAACCCAGUCGUUCCCUAUAAAAUCAAACGCAGAAAUUUUGUUCGGUUUCGAAUAAUUACAGCUGAAAAGUUCGCUCAGCGUAGCGCAAACACUGAGAAACACGUCAUGAGCCGCUACGACAGCCGCUCUUCGGACUCCAGCUCUUAUCGUGAACGUCGAAGUGAUUCAGGGUUUGGUGGGUCUUCAGGCUAUGGCAGCUCAGUGCGAUCCUCAUCAAACAAGAGGGAAAACAAUGAUGCCGAGCCACCAAGGAAGUUAGAUUUGGAUGGACUGACUCCUUUCGAGAAGAACUUUUACAUCGAGGCAUCAUCAGUGGCUGCGAUGUCAGAGAGGGAUGUGGAGGAGUAUCGACAACAGAGGGAAAUCACAGUUGAAGGCCGUGAUGUUCCAAAACCUGUCAGGAGUUUCCAUGACAUGGGGUUUCCAGAUUAUGUAAUGCAAGAAAUUACAAAAGCUGGCUUUGUUGAGCCGACAGCUAUACAAUCUCAAGGAUGGCCCAUGGCUUUGAAGGGGCGUGAUCUUAUUGGAAUUGCUGAAACAGGCUCGGGAAAGACACUUGCUUAUCUUUUACCCGCAAUUGUCCAUGUUAAUGCCCAGCCAUUUUUAGCUCCAGGAGAUGGCCCAAUUGUGCUAGUUUUAGCUCCAACACGUGAGCUUGCUGUUCAAAUACAACAAGAAGCUACCAAAUUUGGUGCAUCAUCACGGAUUAAAAGUACAUGUAUCUAUGGUGGGGUUCCCAAGGGACCUCAAAUCCGUGAUCUCCAGAAAGGUGUUGAAAUCGUCAUUGCUACACCUGGGAGGUUGAUUGAUAUGUUGGAGUCACAUAAUACAAAUUUGCGAAGGGUAACUUACCUUGUUCUAGAUGAGGCUGAUAGGAUGCUGGACAUGGGGUUUGAGCCUCAAAUACGGAAGAUUGUUUCUCAGAUCCGCCCAGAUCGUCAAACAUUAUAUUGGAGUGCCACUUGGCCUAAGGAGGUUGGGCUACUUGCUAGGCAGUUCCUUCACAACCCAUACAAAGUGAUUAUUGGUUCACAAGAUUUAAAAGCUAACCAUGCAAUACGCCAACAUGUUGACAUUGUUUCUGAGAACCAGAAAUAUAACAAAUUGGUAAAGUUGCUGGAGGACAUCAUGGAUGGUAGCCGAAUACUUAUCUUCAUGGAUACUAAGAAAGGUUGUGACCAAAUUACUCGGCAGCUUCGCAUGGAUGGAUGGCCUGCUCUCUCAAUUCAUGGAGACAAAAGUCAAGCAGAAAGGGAUUGGGUCCUUUCAGAGUUUAAAGCUGGGAAGAGUCCCAUAAUGACUGCAACAGAUGUUGCAGCUCGUGGUUUAGAUGUCAAGGACGUAAAAUAUGUGAUAAAUUAUGACUUUCCGGGAUCUCUUGAGGAUUAUGUUCAUCGCAUUGGUCGAACAGGAAGGGCUGGGGCAAAAGGAACAGCAUACACUUUCUUCACAGCUGCAAAUGCCAGAUUUGCAAAGGAACUUAUUACUAUACUUGAAGAGGCUGGACAGAAGGUCAGUCCUCAAUUGGCAGCAAUGGGGCGUGGUCCACCUCCUCCAUCAGCAGGGCAUGGGGGUUUCCGAGACCGCGGUAGAGGUUAUGGUGGGGGUCGCUCGUGGAACUGACUUAUGAUGGGGACUGUGAGCUUAGUAACCAAUACAAAGAAAUGGUGGCUAUUGCAGCUUGCAGAUUUAGGUGUUCUUAUUCCUAAUAUUUGACUAUUUUCUUUUUCCCAAUCGCUGUUUUAUCGGCACAACUGCCUUUAGAGUCAGAGGCCAUUAGUGUUACUACUAGAUUCUGUAAUAUAAACUGCCAAACUCUCUGUACACUCCAUUUGCUGAAAGAGCAUUAUUUGUUCAUCAUA